AUGUGCGCGCGCUCCGACGCCGUGGAGCUGGAGGUGCUCGGCGCGGACGGCGGCGAGGCGCGCGUGCAGCCGCGCCCGCUGCGCCGCUCGCUGCUCGGCCUGCUCGGCAAGAUCGUGAAGCGCGACCAGCCCCCGCCGCGGCCCCGCAACCGACACAACCACCGCUUCCGAACCUUCGUCCCGUGCGACAAUGAACGGAGAAUCAAAGCGAAUAAUAGAGAGUACAAUGCACAGUUUCGCUAUGCGAACAACUACAUCAAGACGUCGAAAUAUUCGAUAAUAACGUUCCUGCCAUUGAAUCUGCUGGAGCAGUUCCAGCGGCUCGCAAACUUUUACUUCCUGUGCCUAUUGGUGUUGCAGCUGAUCCCUGCUAUAUCUUCGUUGACGCCCAUCACCACAGCAAUCCCGCUUAUUGGGGUACUAGCGCUUACUGCCGUUAAGGACGCCUACGACGAUUUUCAACGUCAUCAAAACGACUCCCAAGUGAACCAUCGCAGAGCUAAGACGCUGCGCAAUGGCAAACUGGUGGAAGAGAAGUGGGCGUCUGUUCAAGUGGGAGACGUCAUACGGCUGGAGAACGACCAGUUCGUCGCCGCCGACAUACUCCUGCUCAGCAGCUCUGAGCCCAACGGUCUGUGUUACAUCGAGACUGCAGAGCUGGAUGGGGAGACGAAUUUAAAAUGUCGCCAAUGUCUUCUGGAGACGGCGGCGAUGGGCCAGGACGACGCACAACUAGGUGCUUUCGACGGCGAGAUCGUCUGCGAAACGCCCAACAACUUACUUAAUAAGUUUGAAGGUACGUUAAGCUGGCGAGAUCAGCACUACUCGUUGGACAACGACAAGAUCCUGCUCCGCGGCUGCGUGCUGCGGAACACGUCGUGGUGUUACGGUGUGGUCGUGUUCGCCGGGAAGGACACGAAACUCAUGCAGAACUCCGGGAAGACCAAGUUCAAACGUACCAGCAUUGAUAGGCUACUUAAUUUUCUUAUUAUAGGGAUAGUAUUCUUCCUGCUGUCGAUGUGCGUGUUCUGCACGGUGGCGUGCGGCGUGUGGGAGUGGCUGGUGGGGCGCUACUUCCAGGUGUACCUGCCCUGGGACACGCUGGUGCCCGCCGAGCCCGCCUCGGGCGCCGUCGUCAUCGCCUUCCUCGUCUUCUUCUCCUACGCGAUCGUCAUGAACACCGUCGUGCCGAUAUCGCUCUACGUCUCCGUCGAGGUCAUAAGAUUUGCACAGAGUUUCCUCAUAAACUGGGAUGAGAAAAUGUAUUAUGAUAAGACUGGCACUGCAGCUAAAGCGCGGACAACUACGCUUAAUGAAGAACUUGGCCAAAUCCAGUACAUAUUUUCGGACAAGACGGGCACAUUGACACAGAACAUAAUGACAUUCAACAAAUGCUCGAUAGCGGGCGUCUGCUACGGUGACGUUGUUGACGAGAAUACGGGCGAGACGGUCGAGCUCACAGAGAACACAGAGCCGCUGGAUUUCUCGUUCAAUCCGGAGUACGAGCCGGAGUUCAAGUUCUUCGACUCGACGCUGCUAGAGGCGGUGCGGCGUGGCGACCGGCACGUGCACGACUUCUUCCGGCUGCUGGCGCUCUGCCACACCGUCAUGCCGGACCAGAAGAACGGACGCCUCGAGUAUCAGGCUCAGUCACCGGACGAGUCGGCGCUGGUGUCGGCGGCAAGAAAUUUCGGUUUUGUGUUCAGAGAACGCUCGCCUAAUAGUAUUACAAUAGAAGUAAUGGGUGAAACAGAGGUGUACGAAUUGUUGUGUAUAUUAGAUUUUAAUAAUGUUAGGAAACGAAUGUCCGUGAUUUUAAGGAAGGAUGGUGAAAUUAGAUUAUACACGAAAGGUGCUGAUAAUGUAAUUUAUGACAGAUUAAAAAGAGAAGGACAACAAGAAGUGAGGGCCAGAACGCAAGAGCAUUUAAAUAAGUUCGCGGGCGAGGGGCUGCGCACGCUGGCGCUGGCGUGGCGGCCGCUGGAGGAGCGCGGCUUCGCCGAGUGGAAGCGCCGCCACCAGGCCGCCGCGCUCGCGCUGCGCGACCGCGACGAGCGCCUCGACGCCAUCUACGAGGAGAUCGAGACCGACCUGCUGCUGCUGGGCGUAACUGCCAUAGAAGACAAACUACAAGAUGGCGUCCCAGAAACUAUAGCAAACCUCAGUAUGGCCGGAAUAAAGAUAUGGGUACUAACAGGGGACAAACAAGAAACAGCGAUCAACAUCGGUUACUCGUGCCAGCUGCUAACAGAUGACAUGGCCGAAGUAUUCAUCAUUGAUGGUGUGUCACACGACGAUGUGGACCGACAACUUGCUAAGUGUAGAGACUCUAUACGAGUUGUAAACACUUUUUUACCACAUGGGUCGGGCUCGCACGGGUCCGCGAACGGCGGCACGAGUGCGGCGCGCCCGUCGCCCGGCCGCGCCGCCAACGUCAAGCUGAACGCGCCCGCCGUGUCCGUCGUCACAUUUAGGUGGGAACAUAACUCACUAGCCCAACUGCCACACAGCAACGAAUACAGCGCGGGUGGCACCUGCUCAACAGAGAUGCAAGAGCACGGCAGUGAGGACGCCAACGGGUUCGCCAUCGUCGUCAACGGACACUCGCUGGUACACUGCCUACAUCCCAAGCUCGAGGAGAAAUUUCUGGAUGUGGUGUUGCAAUGUCGCUCCGUGAUCUGUUGCCGAGUGACGCCGUUACAGAAGGCCAUGGUGGUCGAAUUGAUUAAAAAAAGUCGGAAGGCUGUAACGCUGGCCAUUGGCGACGGCGCGAACGACGUCUCGAUGAUUAAAGCGGCGCACAUAGGAGUGGGUAUUUCAGGGCAGGAAGGCAUGCAAGCAGUAUUAGCUUCGGAUUAUUCGAUAGCGCAGUUCCGGUUCCUCCAGAGGCUGCUUCUAGUGCACGGACGCUGGUCGUACUACAGGAUGUGCAAGUUCCUGCGGUACUUCUUUUAUAAGAACUUCGCUUUCACCGUCUGCCACUUCUGGUUCGCGUUCUUCUGCGGCUUCAGUGCGCAGACCGUGUUCGACGAGAUGUUUAUCUCUGUAUACAACUUGUUCUACACGUCGCUGCCCGUGCUCGCAUUGGGCGUGUUCGAGCAAGACGUAUCGGAUGCUACCUCGCUGCAGUUCCCAAAACUGUACGUCCCGGGACACACCAGCGAGCUCUUCAACAAGACUGAGUUCAUCAAGUCAACCUUACACGGAUGUUUCACGUCACUCGUGCUGUUUCUAAUACCUUACGGUACUUACAAGGACGGGCUGGCACCCGACGGCAAGAUUUUAUCGGAUCACAUGUUGCUGGGAAGCGUCGUCGCAACUAUUUUAAUCAUUGACAAUACUACGCAGAUCGCGCUCGACACAACAUACUGGACAGUUUUCAAUCACGUAACGAUAUGGGGUUCGCUGGUAUCGUACUUCGUGCUGGAUUACUUCUACAACUACGUGAUCGGUGGCCCGUACGUCGGUUCAUUGACUGUUGCACUCACGCAAGCCACGUUUUGGUUUACUGCCGUACUUACUACGAUGAUCCUGAUGGUGCCGGUGGUGUCGUGGCGGCUGGGCAGCUCGUGGACGCGGCCCACGCUGGCGGAGCGGCUGCGCGCGCGGCAGCGCUGGCGCGCCGGCGCGCCCGCGCCCCGCACGCCGUCCGCGCGCCGCGCGCGCCGCUCCGUGCGCUCGGGCUACGCCUUCGCGCACCAGGAGGGCUUCGGCCGCCUCAUCACCUCCGGCAAGAUCAUGCGCCGCAUCCCGCACGCCGACGCCGCGCUCUCCGCGCUCGCCUCGCUGCCCGGCAAGUUCCACCCGCGCCCCACCACGCCGCCGCCCUCGCCCGCGCCCACCGACCCCUCCGCCACGCCCACGCCGCCCACGCCGCCCACGCCGCCUUCGCCCCGCGCGCCCAAGCAGGACCUCGACUCGGUCGACUUAUGA